AUGCAGAUCCAUCGCUGUCGUUUUGUCGAGUAUCAGCCGGCAGCCAUCAAUGCACUAGACUUUACGCCACCUACAGUGAAGCGAUCGCGUCUCGCCGUCGGUAGAGCAAACGGCAACAUUGAGAUCUGGGAUCCAUCGCACAACUUUCGACUUGAAAAGACGAUCCCCGGUGGUGAAGGUCAAUCGGUUGAAAGCAUUGCUUGGGCGCACCAAUCGAUUAUCGUGGAUCAGGAUGAGGACGAUACACCCGAAGAAAUCGAACAACAACUCAAGCGACAACUGAGUAAGCCUCCACGUUUGUUCUCGUCAGGAUUGAAUCCAUAUAUCGUCGAAUGGGAUACAACAUCCAUGACCGUCAAGCGAUCGGUGGAUUCCAAUGGCGGUGCUGUAUGGUGUUUGGCUGUCAAUAGUACCGGCACAAGACUUGCAGCAGGCUGCGAGGAUGGCUGUAUUCGAUUGUUCGACAUUGAAGAUGAUGGUCUUGAGUAUAUCCGCAGUUUUACUCCACAAAAAGGUCGCGUGCUUUCGGUUGUAUGGAGCCCAUAUGAUGAUUACAUUGUUUCCGGUGGAUCGGAUAGUGCCAUUCGUACAUGGGAUGUUAGCACAGGACAAACGCUUCAACGUAUGACAGUGGAUCGAGUACGUAAGGAACAUACAUUGGUAUGGUCGGUGGCCGCUCUCAAGGAUGGUACAUUGGUAUCGGGUGAUUCUCUAGGCCAUAUCAUGUUUUGGAAUAGCAAGACGGGUGCCAUGAAGCAAACCAUCCGUGCCCAUGCAGCUGAUGUUCUUGCCCUUGCAGCAUCUCGAGAUGGCACACAAGUCUUUUCUGCUGGUGUCGAUUGCAAAAUGACCAAUUAUCGCAAAGUCAACGAGGAUCGUAAAAAGUCAAAGCGUACAACAUGGAUUACAGCUGAAAGUCGUCAAUAUCACUCUCACGACAUUCGUGCUCUUGCUAUCAACAACAGUACCGGCACAUUGGUUUCUGGUGGUGUGGAUGUUCAACUUGUUGCUUGGUCUACCAACCUCGGUAAAAAGGUAGAGCCUAUGCGUUUGCCACCUUUCCCCCACAAAUAUCUGGUCUCAGCAUCCAAAUCGCAACAACUGGUUAUGGCAGCAUACUUUAAUUCGCUUAGUGUGUGGCGACUUGGUCAAGCUGUCGCAACCAAUAGCACGGACUCCAAGGUCAUCAUUCCCGAAUUAUUGGAACCUCAUCGACAAGUAUUACAGCUACAAUUGAAGGCGGAUUGUAACAUCACUUCGAGUGCCAUCUCUGAGAACGGCGAAUGGAUCAUUGUUGCUGAUAUCGAAUCCACUCGAUUAUUCCAAUUGACAGAAGCACAAGGAAUGCCCGGUCAAUUGAGAGCAAAAAAGGCACGAAAUUUUGAUGCCGUAUUAUCACAAUACUUGUCAGAGCACAACAUUGCAUCGGGUGCGCACCAUGUUCUUUUUACGCCUGGCUCGGAUAAGAUUAUUAUUAUCACAGUGGAAUCACGUAUCUUGGUGAUUGAUUUACGACAUUGGGAACAAGGCUCGUUUGAAGUCUUGGGAGAAUUCGGUCAUCAUCGUGGAUUGGAUAGUGAGGGCAAUAGUAUCGAAGGACGAGAAGCAGCCACAGUGAUCACAGUUGCCGUCAGUGCUGAUGGCCAAUGGUUAGCAACAGGCGACGACAUGAACCGCAUUCAUAUUUUCAACCUAGACAAUCUCAAGCAUCAUAUUGAACUUCCGCAUUCAUACACUUAUCACACAGCACUAUCAUUCAACGACCUUCGACCCAACGAGUUGCUUGUCGGGCAGGCCACAAACGAAUUGUAUAUUUACAAUGUUGAGCAUAAACGACUGACUCCUUGGUCCAAAGCCCAUCGCGACUUUACAAAUACAGCAUUAUUCAAUCAGCGUGAAUCCAUACGAGGCGUUGCAUACAACCCAAGUUCGCCUGAUGAGAUGAUCGUGUAUGGCAGCAGCUUCAUGUGUAAUGUCAAGAUGGUCCACAACAAGCAUCCCAAACAAUCCAAGGCCCAUAAACGGAAACACGAUGCUCCGGAUGUUCACAAACAAGAUUCACCGAUACCGAUGCAGCUAUCAACACGAUAUCAGCAGAUUUUGUUUUGUGAAUUUAUUGAUAAGGAUUCCAUGGUCAUGGUCGAACGACCCAAGUUUAGUGUAUUGGAAAAGUUACCACCCUCCUACUACAAAUCCCAGUUUGGUACAUAA